GUUAGACUUCAAAUGUCUAGUUUGUUUGCUCAUGCUAAUGAAAAUGUGUUUGAUAGUCUUUAUCUUUUUCAGAGUGCAGAUAAUGAAGCCCUAAAAUCAGCCUGAAUUUUCAUGAAAUCCAUAAGAUUCUCAAUUCAUAAGCGUUGCUGUUUCUCCUCCUCCUCCUCUUCACUUCCAUGGAUUUCUCCUCUUCAACUUUUGAAGGCCAAUACCCCGAAACCAGACCCUCCAACCGAAACUUUGAACACCUCUGUGGAGGUUAGCAAAAAAUCGAAAUUUAUUUCACAUGAAGCUGCCAUCAGUUUGAUCAAGCGUGAGAGAGAACCACAGCGUGCCUUGGAAAUAUUUAAUAAGUUAUCAGAGCAAAAGGGUUUUAACCACAACAAUGCCACCUAUGCAACAAUUCUUGAUAAGCUUGCUCGGUCAAAAAAGUUUCAAGCCGUUGAUGCGGUUCUUCAUCAAAUGAAAUAUGAAACUUGUAAAUUUCAUGAGGGGAUAUUUCUUAUUCUCAUGAAGCAUUUUUCAAAAUGUUCUCUGCAUGAAAGGGUGCUUGAGAUGUUCUAUGCAAUUCAGCCAGUUGUUCGUGAAAAGCCUUCUCUCAAAGCCAUCAGCACUUGUCUUAAUCUCUUGGUUGAUUCAGGCCAGGUUGAUUUGGCCCAAAAAUUUCUCUGUUAUUCUAAUAAGUGUCUCAAAUUGAAGCCAAAUACCUGCAUUUUCAAUAUCUUGGUUAAGCAUCAUUGCAAAAAUAGGAAUUUUGAUUCUGCCUUUGAAGUUUUGAAGGAGAUGAAAAGGUCCAGGAUUUCUUAUCCUAAUUUGAUCACCUACUCAACUCUGAUGGACGGUCUCUGUGGAAGUGAAAGAUUCAGAGAAGCGAUUGAUCUCUUUGAGGAAAUGGUCUCAAAGGAUCAGAUCUUGCCUGAUGCCCUGACUUACAACAUUCUUAUUAAUGGCUUCUGUCGUGGAGGGAAAGUUGAUCGGGCAAAGAAGAUUUUUGAGUUCAUGAAGAAUAAUGGAUGCAGUCCAAAUUUAUUCAAUUACUCAGCCUUAAUGAAUGGUUUUUGUAAAGAGGGAAGGUUGCAAGAGGCCACAGAGGCUUUUAAUGAGAUGAAGAGCUUUGGCCUUAAACCUGAUACAGUGGGCUAUACUACAUUAAUUGAUUGCUUCUGUAGGGCAGGUAAGACUGUCGAAGCCAUGGAGUUGCUCAAAGAGAUGAAAGAAGGAGAGUGUAAAGCUGAUAUUGUAACUUUUAAUGUGUUACUUGGAGGAUUAUGCAGAGAGGGUAGGUGUGAAGAGGCACUCAGUAUGCUUGAGAAACUGCCAUACGAGGGUGUUUAUCUGAACAAAGCGAGUUACAGGAUUGUCUUGAAUUUUGUGUGCCAAAAAGGUGAAUUGGAGAAGGCUGCUGAGCUAUUGAGUUUGAUGCUGGGUAGGGGGUUUAUACCGCAUCAUGCAACUUCAAAUGAGUUACUGGUACGCCUCUGUAAAGCUGGAAUGGUAGAAGAUGCCGCUAUGGCAUUGUUUGGAUUAGUAGAAAUGGGGUUCAAACCAGAGCCUGAUUCAUGGGCUGUUUUGAUUGAAUUGAUUUGCAGAGGAAGAAAACUUUUGUUUGCAUUUGAAUUGCUCGAUGAUUUAGUCAUUAUAGAGUCAGGAAACUUGCAACAUUGUUCUUAAUUGAAGGGACAGGCUUCUGAAGGGGAAACUCAUUGGCGUCUCUAUGUUGUAAAAGACGCUGAUAAAUAUUACUAGAACUAGAGUAGUGAUUCAAAACACGAAGCUGGAAUGACCGCAGUUAUGUUUCCGUAUUAUUAUGUUUUUGAAAUUAAAUUUAUAGUAAAAAUGUACUAAUUUUAAGAUUGACAUAAAUAUAAUUGUUACUUUUGAAUUCUAA